AUGGAGAGCGGGGGGCGGCCCUCGCUGUGCCAGGCCAUCCUCCUAGGCACCAGCUCUGUCGUCACCGCUAUCCUCUACUCCGUGUACCGACACAAGGCCCAGGUCGCUCAUGAACUCAAGGGAGCUAAAAAAGUCCACUUGGGUGAAGAUCUAAAGAGUAUUCUUUUGGAAGCCCCAGGAAAAUGUGUGCCUUAUGCUGUUAUUGAAGGAGCCGUGCGAUCCGUUAAAGAAACACUCAACAGCCAAUUUGUGGAAAAUUGCAAGGGAGUGAUUCAGCGUCUGACCCUUCAGGAGCACAAGAUGGUGUGGAAUCGAACAACCAACCUUUGGAAUGACUAUUCAAAGAUUAUCCACCAGAGAACCAACACAGUGCCCUUUGACCUGGUGCCGCACGAGGAUGGAGUGGACGUGGCCGUCCGAGUGCUGAAGCCCCUGGACUCGGUAGAUCUGGGUCUGGAGACUGUGUACCAGAAGUUCCACCCAUCGGUCCAGUCUUUCACGGAUGUCAUCGGCCAUUACAUUAGCGGUGAGCGGCCCAAAGGCAUCCAGGAGACAGAGGAGAUGCUGAAGGUCGGGGCCCCCCUCACAGGGGUGGGUGAACUGGUCCUGGACAACAACUCCAUCCGCCUGCAGCCCCCCAAGCAGGGCAUGCAGUACUACCUGAGCAGCCAGGACUUUGACAGCCUGCUGCAGAGCCAGGAGUCCAGCGUCCGACUCUGGAAGGUCCUGACGCUGGUGUUCGGCUUUGCCGCCUGUGCCACCCUCUUCUUCAUCCUCCGCAAGCAGUACCUGCAGCGACAGGAGCGGCUGCGUCUCAAGCAGAUGCAGGAGGAGUUCCAGGAGCAGGAGGCCCAGCUGCUGAGCCGAGUGCCGCCCGAGGACAGGGAGAGUCUGAAGAGUGCCUGUGUGGUGUGUCUGAGCAGCUUCAAGUCCUGUGUCUUUCUCGAGUGCGGCCAUGUCUGUUCCUGCACCGAGUGCUACCGCGCUUUGCCAGAGCCCAGGAGAUGCCCCAUCUGCAGACAGGAGAUCACCCGCGUGGUGCCCUUGUACAAUAGCUAA